AUGCGAAUUGAUCAUCUUGCAACGGAGCUUCUGCUCCAUAUAUUUCGUUCAUGCGACUCAGUCUCCGAUGUCUUGAAUUUAUCAGUCAUCUGCCGUCGACUUCACCGCGUCCUCAACUCAACAAGCAAACUGCAUAUCCUAGCCAGUGUCGCGGAGACCGAAUUUGGUCCGCUCGACGAUAUCAUUCAAGUGGUGACGCAAAACGAGAGCCAGCCCGCUCAUCUCAUUCGACAUGCGUCUAUGUCUGAUCCCCUUCUAAAACAAGUCAUCCAGCUCGGCAUGGUGGCGCGAAAAUGGGAGACGAUCUACCCGUUUAAGAAGUGGAAGGUAGACUUCGAGAAUCGUCGCUCGCUCACCGAUGAAGAGCGAGUACGGCUGCGCCGCGCAGUAUACCGGCUAUGGCUGUAUCACAGUGCAUUCCAUUCUCGUGUUUACGAUCGCCACUCUCGUAGUCUUCGCCAUGUGGUGUUGGAGCGCGCUCAGUUACUCCACAACUGGUCCACCCAAGAGCUGGCCGAGAUUGAGGACUUGCGCCUCGUCAUGGGUGAUAUUGUCCAGAAUCAUAUAUGUCCUAGUAAUGGGACUAUUCAACGCAAAUUCCGCAAGCGUUAUCCAGACAGCAUCCAGCAACUCUCGUUCAAUAUCCACCUCAAUUAUCCUCCGCUUUCAACUACUUCUCUGUCUUCGCAUGAUCACUCCUUGGUUCAGAAAGGCCCUGAUGCCUCGAUUCAACAAUACUUUCAUACGGCUCACCCAAGUAAUUAUGCCGAGUCGCCAGCCAAAUACCGGUCUCGGUUUCGCAAUGACCUUUCCCAUGACCCAGGGUAUGAAGGUUGGGGUGACGAGAUCCCACAUUACUAUAUUAUGCAGGACAUGCUGAAGCUCGAUCCUGGUCAGAUAAUAUGGUUGCGCGACCAUGCUUUGCUGAAGGAACAGGUAGAGGAAUACGUCUGGUCUCUAGGGGAAUGGUUCCGAAACAACGGUGAAACAUUUGGUGACACGUUGGAAUAUGUCAUGAAUGAACGUGGGCUUGAGGUUGGGGAAUUUCGAUCUGCAGUGGCUGGUCGUGACAUGGGCAUUGUCCUAAACUAG